AGCGGGACCCACAGCAUGGACCUGGUGGCUCUGGAGCCCUUCGGGGAGUACGUGUCGCUGCCCGGCCUGGACUGCACCUUCCCAGGCGGCUACAGCAGCUUGUCCGAGCGCCUCCUCUCGGCUCUGCCCGAGGGCACCGUCCUGCUCAACAAGCCAGUGAGGACCAUCCGGUGGCGAGGGUCCUUCCGCGAGGAAGGGGACGAUUCCAGGGAUUUCCCUGUCCGGGUGGAGUGUGAAGAUGGGGACGCCUUUCUCGCCGACCACGUCAUCAUCACUGUCCCGCUGGGUUUCCUCAAGGAACGCCACCAGGAAUUCUUCCAGCCUCCCCUUCCCGAGUGGAAAGUGGAGGCCAUUCGCCGCCUGGGCUUUGGCACCAACAACAAGAUUUUCCUGGAGUUCGAGCAGCCUUUCUGGGAACCUGAGCAGCAGCUCCUGGAAGUGGUGUGGGAGGACGAGUCGCCCCUGGAGGAGCCCAGUGCCGACCUGGAGGCCAACUGGUUCAAGAAGCUCAUCGGAUUCGUGGUCCUCCAGCCCCCGGAGCAGCACGGGCACGUCCUCUGCGGCUUCAUCGCGGGGAAGGAGUCGGAGCACAUGGAGACGCUGAGCGACGCCGAGCGGCUGAAGGAGCAGGGGUGCCCGCAGGUGGUGUUCACCGACUGCCAGCGCGAUGUCGGGGUCAAGAAGAUCGUCCCCCUGGUUGCCCGGCUGGUGGCUGAGGGCCCACGCUACCACAGGGCCGAGAGCUCCGACUUCAACAUCCUGGUGAUCGGCGUGCCCAACGUGGGCAAAUCCUCGCUCAUCAACUCCUUGCGGAGGCUGCACCUCAAGAAGGGGAAAGCCACGGUGGUGGGGGCCGAGCCGGGCAUCACCAGGGCAGUGCUGACCAGGAUCCAGGUCUGCGAGAAGCCCCUGAUGUACCUGGUGGACACCCCUGGUGUGCUGCCCCCGAAGCUGGGGGAUGUGGAGAUGGGCAUGAAGCUGGCACUGUGUGGAGCCAUCCGUGACCACAUGGUGGGGGAGGACAUGAUGGCUGACUACCUGCUGUACACCCUGAACAAGCAGCAGCAGUUCGGGUACGUGCAGCGCUACGGGCUGGGCGAGCCCUGCGACCACAUCGAGCCCGUGCUGAAGCGCGUGGCCCUCGCCCAGGGCCGCACCCAGAAGGUGACGGUGCUGACGGGC